AUGAUGAAUAUAGGAGAAGAACUUCAAAGAUGUCCGCCAUCUCAAAUUCUUGAUGAUACUUCAAAAAAACGUCAAAAUAUCGAAGAUGAUGAAUAUGUAAGUUUAGUGAGGAUCGACUUUUCUCUUGAAUUCAUAUCUCCAAAUAUUUCAGCCUUAUUCGACAUCUUGGUUCGGUAUUCCUGAAGAAUUACGAGAAAUGGUAAUCAACGAAAUCGAUCCCGAAACAACUUUUCGAUUCAAACAAUGUUCGAAAUUGUGUGGCGAGGAAGCGAGAAGAUCAAAGAAUUCCAUGUGUAAGAUUGAACUCAACAAUACCGAAAAAGGAACUCAUAUUUGUUUCCACUUGGAAGAUUUGUAUUCAAAUUGUCCGCAUUUUCGUUAUACUUUUAUUGAAAACGAGUCAAAUGAAUCGAAAACUACAACUAUUUGUCAUGAAAGAAUUAGUAUUGAGGAUUGGUCAGGCGGUGAAUAUUGUGACUACAUUCUCAGACUUGAAAAUGGGGAAGAUUGUGAGGAAGAUUCAUAUAUCAAUACAUUAAUCAAAGAAAAAUGGAGAAUUGAGGAAAAUGGAGAUAUGGAGAGUGUUAUUGUUAAAUAUUUGGAAAAGUUUCUUGAAGAAUAUAAAUAUUCUCUAUAUGCUUUCAUUAAUGGAGUAAGUGUAAAAAUAUUGAAUUUAAAUGAUAAAUCUUUUCCAGGCAUAUAACGUCAAAGCUGAAAAUUUGAAUCUCAAACAUUUGAGAAAGCUUCAACAUAUUGUAUUCGAUGAUUAUGAUGUUUUGGAAAAAAAUCUGAUGAAAUUCGAACAAAUUGCAGAAUGUAAAGCGCACAUUUCUCUUCCGGAAACUAAAUUCUCUUUUGAUCAAAUUAUUCAACUCAGUGCAAAUUCUAUCACUAUUGGAGGAAAAGAUUUGACAAAUGAAAAAAUUAAAAUAUAUUUAAAAAUGUGGGAAAAUGGAGAAAUCGAUGAAAAUAUUUCAGAAGUCACGAUUUAUAUGAAUGGAUUGAAAAUUUUGGAAGAAGAAUAUUAUACACGUGGUUUAUUGACAGUUUUCAACAGAGAUGAACCAUCCAGAAAAAGACGACGGUAAUUUGUUUUGCUUGCUUUUUUCGUAUUAGAGAUAACGAAACUUUCAGAUCGAGUAGUAUUCAUUCAUUUUUCUUAGUUAAAACUACGGAUCCCAAACAUUGUACACAUAUCCGGUUGUCUGAUCAUACAAUUGAAAUCGAUCGUCAUAAUUUCUUUUUUCACAAAGAGUAA